AUGUUCCCUUCCUACGCAUUCCAUCCUGCUCAUAUGGGAAGGUAUCACCACCCUUCUUACUACUCUCCUCAUCAUCGUCAACAUCAACAUCCCAUUCUCGCUUCUCAUCAUCAGUAUCCUACUUUCGUUCCACCUCCUGCCCCCAUUCCUGCCUCGUAUGAUUACUUCGUCCCCGUAGAAUCGUCUGACUUUGAAUAUUACCCUUCGCUCGAACAAGAAGAACGUAUCGCUCUCGAUCACCUCCAAGCUAUUCGUCGUAGGAGAGAAGAAGCUGAACGUCUCGAACGCCAAGCAAGGGAAGCAGAGGCAGUUCGUCAAGCCGAAGCUAUCAGACAAGCUUAUCUCAUUCAACGUGAACGUGAAGCUGAAGAACGCGCCAUCGCCAUUGCUCUACAACGUCAACAGGAACAGCAACAACGUCAGAGACAACUUGCCGUUUUGGAGGAACGCAAGAGACAGUUGGGAGAAUUGGUUAGACGCAAGGCUGAACAUGCCGCUCGCGUCGCCGCUGAGGAAACCGCUAGACGUGCUGGGAAAUGUGCAAGGAGAUGCGCACAACAGUCUCGACAGAUCGCAAGGGAUCAGACGACCAGUCAUCAGAACGAACUGGAGCAACUGAACGGUAUUCUCGGUUCCCUGUUCGGUAUCAACUUGAUUCCCGAAGAAACCUCGGUCGACGAAAGCCACGUUGAACAGAACAACAAAUCGCCAACUGUCGUCGCUACGGAUACCCCCGCCACCCAACAGUCGAAGAAAGUAGAGUUCACCGAGACGACUAAGUCUGUCAAGAAGACUCGCAGCUCGACUAAACGUGUUGUGGAGAAGGAAGAAGAGAACAGGCCUGUGGACGAGGAGUCUGACUCUGCCGACAAGCCAGUGUUUCCAGAACAAAUCAACGACCUUCUCUCUACCUUUUUAGGACUUCGCGUCGAACCUACUUCUGCUUCCGACGCUGAUGCGUCGUCGACGAACAAGACUUCUGAAGUUCCUCAAGGUCUAAACGAGGUACUAUCUCAAUUCGGUCUCGAGUUUUUCCCCGAUACUCCUUCUACUUCUUCUACCAACGCAUCAGUGGAGACCAGUACGAAAACUUCUUCGUCGACGUUCGCUGAAGCAUCCGCCACCGCAGAACAGCGAUCCUUCGCUAAAACCGAAGACAAGAACAUCGAUCCCCUUUCGGCUUUUUUGACCGGUGCGACAGGUGCAGAUCUCCCUCCCUUCGUCCGUGAUAUUCUCGACAAUGUGGAAGCUGCUUUCAAGGAAUCACAUACCCCUGUUCCAUCAGAGAAAGAAGAAGUGAAAGGAAAGGGUAAAGGAGUAGCCGAUGGGGAACGCGCAAAGAAACCAGUCACCGUCACCCCUCCCAAAUCGAAACCUUCCACUCCUGUCACUGUCGAAAAGACCGAAGAGGAGAAUGAGAAAGAAACAGCUCAAAAAUCUCUUUCGGCUUUAGAACAUAUCGCAGAAGAAUUGGCGCUUGUAAAAGAUUCAUUCACCUUUCCUUCUACUCUCUCCUUUUCGAAUGUCACUACCACCGACAAUCCUACUCCUGCUCUUCCGUUCAAUAAGACCAACAGACCUUUCCAUGAACAAAGCAACAAGUUACUUCAAUUGCUUCUUCAGGCCGAUUCGGUUACCUCUGGGGGUGACCGUGCGGUGAGACAGAAAAGGAAAGAGGUGGUGGGUAGGGUGGAACGUGAACUUGAGGAUUUGGAGAGACAGAGGGAUGAAGUCUGGGCUCAAGUUCAGAAAAGGCGUGAGGCGGGAGACGAAUUAGAUUUGGGGAGUGAUACGGAAACUUCAACCGUGGCUGAUGGUGAACAAUUGAACAAUGAUGUAAAGGUCGAAAGGCCAGUCGUCGAAGUACAAGUCAACACUUUAGCCAAAGUAAUCUCGGAGGAUCAAACGGUCGAAGAAGCUGAGAAUGUACAAGAAGUUGAGAAGGUUGAGGAAGUUGAAAAAGUCGGAAAUGAAAAGGUCAAUGAUGAUGAACUUCAAGCGAAAUCUCAAGAACUACCCACCAUUAAGACUUUCAAUCAAGACAUUUCAGAACCACAUAAAUCAUUCGCCGAAGUCGCCGCUAAACCUCCUGUCGAGAAAGCUCCUAUAGCUCAUGUUCCCAUCCAAACCGUUCAAGUCGAAGUUACCAAAGAGAAGGUAGAAGAGCCCAAUGUCGGUCAUACUCUUCACGCGGUUCAAGUUGAAGAGGUUGAAGACGAGUCGGAAGAAGAGAGAAUGACGGACGAUGGAUCGAUCGUGGAAGAAAAGAAGAACGUGGAGGAAGAUGGAUAUGAGGUUAUUUAA